UGAAGCACUUCCUGGAGAUGGCGGUGGCGGUUUAGCCGCGGAGUUUACGCGGCAACUCCAACCCGGGAGCGGAAUGACUUGCUUACCACAGAACAACCUCCAGAAACAUCUGGAGCUUCACUCAGAGAAGGGGGUCCACAACAAGCUUUCACUUGGGAAACACAAGCAAGGGACAUUCACGUUUAAGAAGAUUCUGCCAGGCACUGUUGGAACACCCAAUUUCCAAAGGAUAACUGGUACCUGCGCUCUGAGGGACAGGAAUGUGAAUACUUUUAAGGAUGUUACUGUGAGUAAGCCACAAUCAGCCCUGUGCUUGACGAAAAAUAGUGAGCAGCAGCCAAAAAUCAACAACUUUUUGAAACAAACGGCCAAGCAAUUGGAGUCAGCCUUACAAACAGCUCCUGCUUUGUUACCUGGUUCUCCUCUGAGGCAGGCUGCAAUAACUAGCCCCUUUUCUAAGAAGCUUGACUCCGAUCAGUCAUUUGCCUCUGUUAUUAGCUUGGAUGACUGGGAUGAUCUGGAUGAUUUUGAAACGCCAUGGAAUGAAAGUAGUAGUUUGAAAGCCAGUUCGCCUUCAGGCACAGAGCAACCAGUGCAAAAGCCUAAUAAACUGAAGAAUAUAAAUACUAGCAAACAGACGUCUCCCAAAAAUCAAACUGGGAAUGAUCUUCAUUUGAAAAAUGCUGAUGCUGAAGUGACCAAGGACAAUACAGCUGGGCUGUCUCCAAGUGAACCCAGUGCAAAGUUAAAGGAUGUGACCGAUCUUGACAGCUUCCAGAAGGAAUUUCCACAUACCGAAGAUGAAGACUGCAUCGAGCUUUUCCCUCCAAGAAAGGAAAGUUCCUCUUCUUCUGCAAGGAUCAUCUUGAGCGACAAUGAGUCAGAUGGCAGCGGGAAGGAGGAUGAACAAGAGAAAAUUAACCUAAUAGAUGUUGACAGCCAGCCACAACCGCAGCUGGAUACCAUCAUGGACUGUGCACAACCCAGAUACCUGGAAUAUGAGGAUUGCGAGUUAGAUUGUAUUCCACCAUCCCCUGAAAGUGAUCAGCUCUCUCUGCCAUCGUUCCUGAAAUGCCUAAGUGACUCUGCAGAAACUGUGCAGUCCAGAGAAAAAGCUGUCUCCUCGACUUGUUCACAGCCACAAGAAAGGGAACCCACCAAAGGACCAGUGUGUACAUCAAAUAAUAGAAUAGUUAAGGACACACCAAUCAGCUACAGCGAACAGCUGAUCCAAGUAAUGGAAGAUAUCUGUAGAAUGGUUGACCGGAUUCCUGUAAGUGAACUACAACUUCUGUCCUGUGCAAGUCAGCUGCUUCAGCAGAGAGCGCUCUGGAGGAAACUUCUGGCUGAUAAGAAUGAAGCACUGAACACACUAAAUGGAGGUAUCUCGAGGGCUGCUACACUGCCCAAGCAGAGCACUGUGAAGAGCAAUAUUUCCACAGACUCUGCUCUCCCUCCUGUUUCCCUCAAUUCAACUCAGGGAUUGAGUUCUCCUAAAACAUUUACAUUUAAGAAAUCUUCCUUCAAUGCCUCAGCUGUGGCUGAGGAUAAUUUUUUCAGUAUUACAGAUUUCUUUGCAAUGGAUCAAACCUCUGUAGAAGCAGAGAGGAACAGUGCUGCAUCUGCUGCUAGCAACAAGAGCUUGCAGAGUAAGUUGUGCCUCCAAAGAGGAAAGCUGGAUCUUUCAAUAGGACGGAAUGAAGCCUCCCCACCAAGUGCCUCUCGGUCCAAUUAUCCUCCACUUGAUCGCAUCCCAUAUGAAUCCCCCAAUGCAAACUGUGCAAGCGACCUGGACAAACACUCGUGUGUGUCUGCUGCAAGAAAAGGCUCCGCUCACGUUCAAAAACUGCUCAGCAGCAAUGGCGAGGGCGACAGGAUUGAAGAAGAAUCGGUUUUUGAUGAUAGCUUCGAUAUUGAUAACUUUGACAUUAAUGAUUUGGAUGAAGAGGAAGUGCCAGAGUGUUUUUUGAAUUCGCCGAGUGGCCCCGCAAUGAACUUAUCAUCGUACGCAGCAGUUCAGCCAAUCCGAGAGGGAGGAGCCAAGACAACUUGGGAAAAGAGAACUCCAACUCAAGGUGACAGUGAAUACACAUCACGUCCCUCUGCAACAGCUGGUGUCAAAAAAUCUCAAACUGUGCUGGGCUCCUCAGAGCAAGGGUGUCCUAAAAACCCUGUGCUGGAACGUUUUCAUGGCUUCCAUUUCCCCCACUCCAAGGAGAUGAUGCAUAUCUUUCACAAAAGAUUUGGGCUGCACCAGUUCCGAACAAACCAGCUGGAAGCGAUCAAUGCCGCCCUUUUGGGUGAAGACUGCUUCAUUUUGAUGCCCACAGGUGGCGGUAAAAGCCUGUGUUACCAGCUGCCAGCCUGUCUCACUCCAGGAGUCACUGUUGUGAUUUCCCCCCUCAGGUCACUGAUCCUGGAUCAGGUGCAGAAACUGACUUUGUUUGACAUCCCAGCAACACACCUAACUGGGAAUAAGAGUGACUCUGAAGCUGCCAAUACUUAUAUGCAACUGUCCAAGAAGGAUCCUGUUGUGAAGCUGCUUUACUGCACACCUGAGAAGGUCAGCGCAAGUAAUCGACUGAUUGCAGCGCUGGUAAAUUUGUACGAGAGGAAGCUUCUGGCUCGUUUUAUUAUCGAUGAGGCUCACUGCGUCAGCCAGUGGGGCCACGAUUUCCGCCCUGAUUACAAGAGAUUGAACGAGCUCCGGAACAAGUUUCCCUCGAUCCCGAUGAUGGCCCUGACAGCCACAGCCACGCCACGGGUCCAGAAAGAUAUCCUCAACCAGCUCAAGAUGCUGAAACCGCAAGUGUUCACCAUGAGCUUCAAUAGACACAACCUGAAGUAUGAGGUCCUGCCGAAAAAGCCCAAGAAGAUUGCUGAAGAAUGCAUCGAAUGGAUCCGGAGGAACUAUCCACGUGACUCCGGCAUUAUUUACUGUCUGUCUCGGCAUGAAUGUGACACGGUGACUGAAACACUGAAAAGAAAUGGAAUAGCCGCAUCAGCCUAUCAUGCUGGCCUGCAGGACUCUGACAGGGAUCUGGCACAAAGCAAGUGGAUUAAUCAAGAUGGCUGCCAGGUGAUUUGUGCCACAAUUGCCUUUGGUAUGGGGAUUGAUAAGCCAGAUGUUCGCUAUGUGAUCCAUGCCACGCUCCCCAAGUCCAUGGAAGGAUAUUACCAGGAGUCGGGCCGCGCAGGGAGGGAUGGAGAAACGUCCCAUUGUAUUCUUUUCUACAGCUACAGUGAUGUCACGAGGAUCAGGCGCAUUAUCCAAAUGGAGAAGGACGGGAACCAGUUCACUAAACAGACCCACUUCAACAAUCUGUACAACAUGGUCCAUUACUGUGAGAAUGUGUUGGAAUGCCGCAGGACUCAGCUGCUGGCGUACUUUGGGGAAAAUGACUUUAAUCCCCAGUUUUGCAAAGAACACCCAGAAGUAACUUGUGACAACUGCCUCAGGAAGAAAAAUUACAGGACCAGGAAUGUCACAGAUGAAGUGAAAAACAUUGUGAGAUUUGCUCAGGAGCAUUGUGCCAGUGCCACUGGAAGAAAAUACAAUGCAGGCCAGCCUUCCAGCAGGCUCACCCUGAACAUGCUGGUCGAUAUCUUCCUCGGUUGUAAAAAUGCCAGGAUCCAAUCUGGUAUAUUUGGAGCAGGAGCUGCCUAUUCCCGUCACAAUGUAGAACGACUGUUUCGAAAGUUGGUGCUAGAUAGAAUUCUGUGCGAGGAUUUGUACAUCACAGCCAAUGAUCAAGCAGUUUCUUAUGUAACUGCUGGAGAGAAAGCACAACAAGUUCUGAUGGGUUUCCUUCAGGUGGACUUUCAGGAGACAGAUAAUGCCAGCAGCAUCAGGAAGCAGAGGAAUUCGGUAGCAAAGAAUGUUUCUAAACGGGAGGAGAUGGUUAAGCAGUGUCUUACUGAGCUCACUGAGCUCUGCAAGCGUCUGGGCAAAGUCUAUGGUGUCCAUUACUUCAACAUUUUUAACACUGCCACCAUCAAAAGAAUUGCAGAGUCACUGUCACCGGACCCUGAGGUCCUUCUGCAGAUUGACGGAGUCACCGAGGACAAGUUGGAUAAAUACGGAGGUGAAAUUAUCGACGUUCUCCAGAAGUACUCUGAAUGGCAGUUGCCAGAGGAACAAGUGGCUGUAGUCAGUGCUUCCAACAGUUGGACAGACUGCAGAAGAUCUCAGGAUGAGGAAGAGCAGUAUGAGGAAACCUCGGUGUACUUCAAUAAAAACAAAAGUACCAACAACAGAAAACGGAAAAAAGGACCGUAUUACAAAAAGGCAAAGAAAAGGAAAACGGGAAACAACAACCGGCAAUCUUCAAAAAGCUCUAAUGCAAAGAUUGCAACAACGACAAAACAUUUCAGCCCCAGACCAGCAACGGGUGGCAGGCGACCAGGGGUAAUGCCACUGCCUGUCCCUCGCAGCAACAUCAGUCAACGACCCUUCCUCAAGCCGUCAUACUCAUUUAGCUAACCAUUGUUCACACUUCUUCUCAAUGUCCUCAGUCCUCAUGACGUCUCUGUGAAAUGAGCAACAUGGAUGGUCCCUGGGCUGUGUUUAAAAAGAAAAUGAAAUCCAAAGCAUUUUUUCAAAUUUUGAAUUCUAAGACUGCUGAUCUAGGAGAUGAAAAGUUGCUGCGGAUUGAAACUGCUGCUCUCUGCUGAAUCCGACCUACAUCAUCAGACUGAAUAGACUCUAGUUACAUCGAUGCAGCACUCUCUGGGAACCUAUAGUAGUGUAUUGGCAGCUACCUGGAGCAGCCAUGCCCCUCCAGCGUAUUGCUUUGCUCAGUAAUCUCCCAAGUUAUACUGCUACUUGAAUUCAUCAGCACCUAAAACCACUUUGCAAUGACACAAAAGUGGCUGUGGAGGUGCAGCAUUUGAAUUUGGGAAAGGAAUUAAACUUGUAAGCUAUGUUGUGUCUAAAGAAUAUUUGGUUUUGUGGGACCAUGGUGGAAUUCUUGUUCGGUCAUUUUUUUCUUUGCAUUCAUUAAAUAUCUGGUCCCCAUAAAGUUGCUUUAUUUAACCAGCCUGUUGUUCUUUCAGACUGUAAUUAUGUUAGUUAAAUUUAGCAAUUAGCUUUGAUAAAUUUGCUGCUAAUCCUUUUGUUUUAAACAUUGCACAUGACUGUAUUUCUGAUUAAAUAUACAUAAAUUAUACUCAAAUUAUAUUUUAA